ACGAGGUCCCUUUAAUGCGAAUGACCCCCCAAAACAAUAAUCUUCCCGUCGUCUAUAGAUCAGAUAUUGAAAUUAGACCUAACGCAGCAAAGGAGACAAGUCCGCUUAUCGGGUAAAAGCAAAUCCGUAUGUAAGCUAUAGCCUACACUUCCUUAGUUAACAAGUUACCUAGCUUAGCUACGUGAACGCUUCCGCUAUAUUUAUCAGCCUACUGUGCAGAAUCCCCUGAUUAAUGUUCCCUGGAGGGUCUGAAUGGUGUUUUCGGACGCGACCUGUCCUCAUUUCGUCCUGAACAAUUUAAGAUUAAUCCUCUACGCUAUCGCGCGACGCAGCACGAACCAAUGUGGCUCGGCGAAACCGAGGGCACGUGGCCGCGGAGCGGGACACGUGCGGACGACCACUCAGCACGCGCUGCCGUUUCAGCCCGUGGUAGGACAUUAGAGGGCGGCAACAUUCAAGUGGUCGGUCAUCCUGACAAACGUUCAGUGAUUAUACCUGUGUACAAUGGUGCUGAGUGGCUGGACGAGUGCCUUCAGGCUGUACUUGAGCAAGACUUCUUGGGCACGAUGGAGCUCUCAGUGUACGAUGAUGCUAGUGUGGAUAAUUCCAGAGCAGUUGUUGAGGGUUGGCGAGAAAGAAUGGAGAAGAGAGGCUUAUCCAUGGUGAUAUCAGGCCAUAGUUCUCCCAAACCAAGAGGAGUUGGGUUUGCCAAAAACCAGGCUGUGUGUCAGAGCUCUGGACGAUACCUCUGCUUCCAGGAUGCGGAUGAUGUCAUGAUGCCACAGAGAGUGAGACUGCAGUAUGAGAUAGCUGUCCAUAACCCUACUGCUAUUGUUGGUUGUCAGGUGCGGCGUGUUCCAGAGGGUUCUACAGAGCGCUACACUAGAUGGAUUAACUCUCUUAGUCCAGAGAAACUCCUCACUCAGGUGUACACCUCACAUGGUCCAACGGUUGUCAUGCCAACUUGGUUUUGCUCACGUGAUUGGUUCCAUAAAGUUGGCCCAUUUGACGAAGGAGGCAAGGGUGUUGCAGAGGACUUGCUGUUGUUCUACAGUAGUCUUCGUCUGGGAGGGGGCGUGGUCAGAGUGGAUGAGUGUCUCCUGGUCUAUCGAUAUCACAAACUUGCUGCUACACACUCCGUGCUUGAGGAGACCAUCUGGAACCUUCGAGUUGACUUCCUGCAAGAGAGAGUGCUCAGCCAAUGGGAUUCCUUCACCAUAUGGAAUGCUGGAAAACAGGGGCGGAAAUUCUAUCGGAGCCUGAGUCCCACCAAUCAGAAGAAGGUCAAGGCAUUCUGUGAUGUAGAUGAGAACAAAAUUAAAAAGGGCUUCUAUACAUAUGAGGAGUCAAAGGAACAGCCCAAGCCCAAGAUUCCAGUGCUGCACUUCACAGAUUCAUCUCCUCCAUUUAUAGUUUGUGUUAAACUGGAUAUGACAGGUGGUGUGUUGGAGGGGAAUUUGCAGUCUCUGCAGUUGAGGGAGGGCGUGGAUUACUACCACUUCAGCUGAGCUCACAAGAUGGACAGAUGAUCAGAUGUGAGGACUGUCCAUAGAGUGAGAGACAGAGAGAGAGCAAGAUACAGAGAAUGACUUCUCGAGAUGGAGAUAUGAAAAGCAUUAGAGAGACAGCUAAGGACCGGGUUAGACUGAUGGGUAUAGUUAAUUUCUGUUUUGAGAACUGUUGCUUUUGUCCCUCUGGUUAAUCUGUGCUGACAGCUUGAGAAAAGUGUCACAUCUAUUUAGCACCUAGCCUCCAACACACACACACACACACACACACACACACACACACACACACACAAACACACACAAACA